GAGCUCUAGUCAUGUGAUGCUUACUUCCGGGUCAUAAUUGCGAGGACAAGAUGGACACUCCGGUAGUUGUUGGGAUUGUGACGGCUGUAUGGGCUUUUAUAGGCAUUGUUUUGCCCAUUCUAGUCCAAUUCUUGAUGUGGAGAUCUCCAAACAAGGGAAUUCUUCAGAUUAUGUUGGUGCUGAGCGCAGUGUGCUGUUAUGUGUUCUGGCUUACAGCUUACAUCUGCCAACUGAACCCGUUGUUUGGACCCCAGCUGAAGGGCGACCUCCUCCGGGUCAUACAGCAGGAGUGGAAACCAUGAUAACCGACUGAAGCUAACAAUGAACAAACUGGCUGUGCAACUGUAUAUAGACAUCUGUAGCUGUAAACCAUGCCGGAGCGAAGUUGCAAUGGCAACAACUGUCAUCAUCUGUAGUGGUCAAGGAUCUGUUAUGGAUGUAGCAGAGCAGUCCAAGUAUCUGGGAUGACUCUUCAACAUUCCAAAGACCACGGUCAUGUACUAUGACUCAUGAUUGCUGUCAAUGUGUACACAUAUUUAUGCUCAUUGUUACAUAAAAAAUGGAUGAAUUGCUUAAUUUUGGAACAAAUAAAUGAACAAUUUGUCACCUCCCUAAUAAAUAUUUCUACUUCAGAAAGUUAAGGAAGCAUUACAUGCAAAUGCCUACUUUUAGCUGCUAAUGUAACUAUUCAUACCUCAUUUGGAAAUUGAUGCACUUUUAUUACAGGGUCUGUCACACUCUUUGUCUAUACCGGUAAACUAGAUGUCAGCAUGGAUAAGGGAAUAUUUGAGAACCAUGAGCUAUAUUACUUGAUCUAGUCAAACCAAAAGAUCCAUUUGGUACUGUUUUACUAUUUUUUAUUCAGUUAUCAGAAGAUAGUAAUAAUGGCAGAACUGAUUUACAUGCCAGGUGUUAUGGUGUCCCAGUCUAUGUAGAUGAUGAUUUUAUCGUGGAAGAUCACCUGCUUCAGUUUGUAGAUGUGCAUUUCCCUCUUUCAGUUGUACAUAUUUCUAUGGAAUCAUUAGCAUGGAGCACCAUCAAUUCAUUGCCACACCCACCUGGGGAUAAAGAAGGUAGUGACAUGAGGAAAUAUAUUUGGUCAUUAUGUCAAUCAUUAUAUCUGUUAUGUACAUGGGAAAUAAAUGGUUCAAUUCCGA